AGUACGGAUUGACAUAAACAACACAUGUCUCAUUUUAUACUUUUUUCAUUCCCCCUUCUUUUGCUUGCUUUUGCUUACUUUUGUUUGCUUUCUUUUUGCUUUCUUUUGCUUUCUUCACCUUGAUUGCAGGGACGCAUGGGUCGAAUCGAGAUUGGACCCUCAAGUAGACGGAAGUGGUACAAGGGGGAGGAUGAGCCACGGAGAAAGUUUGUGCACAUGAGAUAUGUGAGUAGACUGAUGGAGGCGGUCUCAGCCAGAGCAUUGAUCAUUUCGUUGAUGACGGCUGUUAUUGGACGACUCUUUGCUGAAUGGAUGGAGACUGUCACCCUCGGCUGGACCUACAAUGAACCAAUCUCCGGGGUACUUUACAAACCCGCGGAGGUCUUUCGGGACUUCGAUCUGGACCAAUGGGAGGGUAGCAAGGGUGGCUGUCCCUGUAGCAGUAGGUAUACUCGGUUUACUAAUCCAGCUACUAAGGGACUGCUUGAAUCUGGGAGGAUUGGGGAUACCCCUGGGCAUCACGUGAUCACCACGGAUUACACUAUCUCCUGGCUACCCCAACUCAGAGCGAUCCUGCACUUUGGCCUCAACCAUAUUCCCGCCACUAGAUUAGAGAUCGAGGUAGCGGUGAAGGAAAUCUUGAAAAGUUUCGAUGGAAUAAUGGCACUAUAUAGCAAGGAUUAUGAGCUCCAGGAGGAAGACUUGUGCAGGGGUAGGGCCCAUAGUCGUAUUCCCGAUGGAGUAGCUGCCGGAGGAGGAGGAGGAGGAGAAGGCGUUGGCAAUGGAGAAUGGUACAAAACCGUCGACAGGCCAAUUUGCGAGGUCAUGACAGAAGCAGAGCAUGAAGGGAUCUUAGAACUGGCAGACUCCCGUACGGUUGGAUUAUCGGAAACGAACGACGUGAAGGGAAUUGAGGAUGGUGGAUGGGAACGGACAAGUACACCACUCGGUCCAUACCCGGGGUUCGUCUCAACGGAGGGACAUCUCGAGUACUCGACGGGCUUCUUCGAUGGCCAUCGUCACGUUGUGAAAGGAUCACACGUCCCGCCCGUCGGAGCUGGCUCUAGUGGCAGGGCCAUUACGGAGACCGAAAGGCAUGACGGUAAACUCGUAGUGCCCAAAACGAGAAUGGAAAGCGGUCUUAGGAUGGUCCUCCUCGGCUACGCGGAUCUGGUGAUAUUCGCUACGAAGAUCGAUCUUCAUGAAGAAGUGGUGGUCGGAGAGGCGGUCGAACAGAUCAUCCGCACGGGGCAUAGGAUAACUGUUUCUGACCGUAUAUUCGUUGAGACCGCGGUAAUCGAGUCAGAGGCGGAGAGUGUCGUCCUUCUUGCGAUCGAACAGGACAGGUGCACUCCAUGGGGACGUACUCGGUUUGAUGAAGCCCUGGCGGAGUACCUCGUCAAUUUGGCGUUUAAGUUCCUGGGCUUCGGGAACCGAGAGGCGAUAUGGGGCGCGAUGCUGAAUACGGUAGUUAGGUUCGAGCCGGAUGUGGUGCUCGAUAUCGCGCAUAGGAGGGAUGCUGCUAUAAGAGACAGUCGGAGGGAAAACAUCGCGAUACUCGCGAAGGAGGGCCGCAACGCGAGGUUGCAAAACAAGGAGAUCCGUGAUGUCGACAAUGUAGAGUUCGGCAUCAGGCUGACGAAGGAUGUGGUGAAACUGAGUUGGUGUCAAGAUGGCAACAUUGACAGAAGAGGGGGAUGUAAAGUCCGAUUUGCCCAACAACGGAAUACGCGGGGCGGGAGAUUGCCGCUAGGUGGCUGCGGAGCUGGAGGUCGAAAUGGGGGGGUCAGGCUGAGGGCGGGACUGCUGAGCAAAGUGACGCUAGAGGGCGUCGGCGUAGGGGCAGGUGGACGGAGUGUGACCAGUCUCCCGCCCAGGCCCCCCACAUUCAACAUUUCGCGCGGCCGUCGACCUCCGGAAUCGACGUCGUCCUCCAUACGGCAGCAAGCAGCGGGAGCAGGGGGCAGGGGGCGGUGGCAGCAACCUUCGUCACGGUGCCGCGAUCCUCCAUCGCCGGGAAAAGCGACCCAGCGGCCAGGGGGCAGCAGCGGGCAGCGGGACAACGGGCGGUCUUCACACCACGCAAGGUUCAUUAUGGCGUACUUGAAGCAGUUGCAUGAAGACUUGAAGAAGCACUUCAUCAACGACGGUGCCGCGGGGUCAAACCCGGAUAAAGGUUCGAAGCACUGGGUCUGCAAGUACUACGAGACCCGGUUCGAUGGCACAGCCUCGGCUCUAAAGAACCAUUUCUUGAAUAAGUGCAGCUUGGACCACGUCAGGAGGCCGCUGUCAGUCGAGGAGAGGGCUAGGAGGGACAAGGGUAUCCGCAUGGGGAAGUUCAUUGCGGAGACCAUACACGCGGGGGGGAGAAGCAGGCCGGCCACAAACAGCCUGGCGUCCGUUAGUAGUCUGGUCGCUGACGCCGAGCGAGGUCGCACUGACUCGCCUGGAGGGGCGGAAGAGGUGGUUGUGGCUGAUGAUCCCGCCGCGAUCACGCCGGCCUCUGGCGAGUCGUGCAGCCUGCACCCUCCGUUCAGCAUCGUCGACAACGAAUACUUCCUUGAAUUCGUUGAUGUUGUGAAGAAGGCGCAUCCUUCGUGCAUGCCAUACAAGAGGGAUGACGCGCGGACAAAAUGGUUGGAUGGUCAUUACGGAAGGACGAAGGUGGACGUGCACGCCAUGGUGAAGAAGUGGCACUGCACCGGUUGCAUGCUGCAGAUGGAUGGCUGGUCAGACAGGCGCAACCGGCCGUACAUUAAUGUGAUGGUGUCAUCCCCGAUCAGAGCGGUAUUCUGGAAGACCACAUGCAUGGAGGGGAAGGACAAGGAUGCGGCGGCGUACUUCCAGAUAUUGGAUGGAGUUAUCAAGGAGAUCGGCGAGGAGGCGGUGGUGGGCGUUGUGAUGGACAACGCGAGAGUGUGCGUCAAGGCUGGCAAGAUCGUGGAGGCACCCUACCCACGCAUAUUUCGGUUGAAAGUGGGCAAGUUCUUCCACAACGUGGACAAGGCAAAGGCGUUGUUCCAUGUGUACAGUCCGAAGUCCAAGUUGAAACGGCCGGGGGUGACCCGUUUCGCAACCAACCACGAGAUGCUUGCUUCCUUGGAGAAGGCCAAGAACCCGUUGAAGAAAUGCAUCGACGACGCUGCGUGGGUGGAGAAGAUGGUCAUGACGGACCAACUCGCUGCGUUCCACGAGGUGACGGCCAUUGUGUUGGGGAAGGAAGAGUUCUGGGCGACGGUCAACAAGGCGCUGGCGGUGAUGGGGCCAGUAGUGACGCUCCUUCGUCUUGUUGAUGCGCCGGGGCCGUCCAUGUCGAAGGUGUAUUUCAAGAUGGACUUGCUCGUCGCACGGAUGCAUGAGCUUGAUUGCAUCACGGCGGGCAAGAAGGUCGAAAUAGAGGACAUCUUGAUGCGGAGAUGGACAUUCAUGACCAGCGAGCUACAUUGCGCUGUUGCGUUCCUCGAUCCGGAGCACCGUCACAUGAAUGCCUUGCGAGAUCCUGAGGUGCGCGCCGGAUUCAACAUUUGGCUUCUCUCGUGGGCGCCGGACGACCAGCAGACACGUGACGAGCUCAACCACCAGGUUGACAUGUGGGUUAACCUGGACGGGUCGUUCAAAUCGCAAGACGCUGCGGAAGCAGCACGUGUGCAGCCCGUGGCUCUGUGGUGGGAGGCUUACUGCGGGAAGUUGGACCUGCUCCAGCCACAAGCAGUCAAGUUGCUGGGCCAGGCAAGCUCCUCCGCCGCAUGCGAGCGGAAUUGGAGCUUGCACGAGCUUAUUUUCGGGCGCAGGCAUACGAAGUUGCCGCCAGAGAGGCUGGCCAAGUUGGACGACACGCCGGUGGAGGCAGAGAUCAGGGAAUGGUAUAACACAUGGAUAGAAACGGCCAUUGAUCCCGCUGCUGUUGCCGCCGAUGCCGAUGUGGUGGCAGAAGACGUGGAGGUGGGUGAAGAGGACGGUUCGGAGCUAUUGAUGCGGACGUGGCAGCGAAAUGAUGUCGCAGAUGAUGAGGAAUGCGACGAGGAGGACAUGGCUCUGUUGGGUUCGUUGGAGAGGGAAUGGCACAAGUGCACGAAACCCGGCCGUCGCAGAAAGCAAGACCUACGGAGAAGAUCUGGCAGCUCGCUGCCCCCGCCAUCAGUUGUGUACGCUGAGGCGGAUCGGGCGGCUGCACUUAAGGCACGACUGGCAGGCACUUGGGUGGAAGGUCGACGGGAGUCAACCACCAGGGAAAAGCGUGUGAGGAAAAGAGCACGAGCGGCGGGCGAGGCGGGAGGGGCUGAAGCUGCAGUGUGCGUGACCCAUCCAAAGAAGAAGAGGGGUUGACCAUCGUUGGCUGAAGCUGCAGCAAAGAAGGCUGAGCUGGCAGCAGCCAGGGCUGCUAAAGCAGCAGAAAAAGCGGCCGCAGCGAAAGCCGCGGCCGACAAGGCACGAAAAAAAAAAACAAGGUUGCCUCCGUCGAUGUGAUCGAGGACGACCCGUCAGGGAACGAUGAGUCCUCGUCCAGCUCGUCCGAAGACACGCAUGAGGGAGAUAGCGGAGAGGAGUCCGAUGAACACUCUUUGCAGGACCGGGGAGCGGAGGGGGAGGACAUGGAGGGAUCCGAGGCCGGGUCCAAAAAAGCAAUUGUGAAGAAAGCGGAGAUGAAGGGACGAAGGUGUAGGACGGGGGCUGACAGGAUGCGGGGUGUAAUAGUUUUGGAUUCUGCCCAUUGUUGGAGUUUUCUUUGCUGAACUUUGUUUCUGUGUUUUUUUGAAGUUAUUUCCUUUUCUGUGCUUUAAUAAACUUGCAAACGACUA